GCGAGAUCAGUGAGUAGGGCGAGAUGACGACCGCCAGCCCCCGCCGCCGCCACCUCCGCCCUCGCUCGUCGGCGGCCGGGCCGCUGGACGACGACGACCUCCUCUGUGAGAUCCUCCUACGCCUCCCCCCGCAGCCGUGCUCCCUCCCCCGCGCCUCUCUCGUCUGCAAGCGCUGGCGCAACCUCGCCUCCGACCCAGGCUUCUCCCGUCGCUUCCGCAUCCACCACCGCCGCAGCCCUCCCCUCCUCGGUUUCUUUGACAAUGAUCUCGGCUGCUCCUUCCUACCUACUCUGGAGGCGCCCAAUCGUGUCUCGCCCGGACGCUUCUCCUUGCAGUCCGGCGACCGAUUCCCCUUCCGGUGCCUUGGAUGCCGCCAUGGCCUCGUACUCGUCUUCGACCGGACGGACCUCAGUUUCCUCGUGUGGGAACCCGUGACCGGCGAACAGCACCGGCUAGCCUGCCCCCCGGGGUUCGAUCUGGCGGAGUUCGAUCCGGAGAGAGGCCGGAUCAACCGGGCGGUGCGUCAUGCUGGCCGAGGCGUCCAAGACUUCCAGGUGGUCUUGGUAGUGGCAGGCGACAACGACACAAAGCAAAGGCGAGCGUUCGCUUGCGUUUACUCGUCGGAGACCGGCGCAUGGGGUAAUGUCAUGUCAACAUUGAUUAAGUCCAAGUUUAUGGUCGUUUUUCCCAGCAGAUUUCAUACAGUGCCUGCUGUGCUGGCUGGGGAUUCCCUUUACUGGAUACUUGCUGGGAUUUCAUCAAGCAACGUUGGUUUUGAUUUUCAUGCGGAGUGGCAAAUCCUUGAGUUUGAUUUGGAGCGGCAGAAGCUAGCUGUGAUACAGACGCCAGCGAUGGCGAAAGUUUUUCGCAAAGACCGCUUCACAGUCGUGCGGGGAGAUGGUGGUGGGCUGGGUAUGCUCAUCUUGAAAGACUUCACUGCCCAAUUAUGGAAGAGGAAGAUGGAUUCUGAUGGUGUUGCUUCAUGGGAAUUGGAAAAAAGUAUUGAUCUGAAUAAGCUUCUUUCCCUGAAUUUAAACAAGAUGGGCUGCGUAAGGAUGCUACGAUUUGCCGAGGACAAUAAUUUGCUGGUCCUCCACACCUAUUUCGGUCUCUUCACGGUCCAGCUUCAGUCAUUGCAGUUCAAGAAACUUUCUGGAAAGAAGAAGCUUUCUCACUGUCAUCCGUUCGAAAGUGUCUACACCGUAGAAACAUGCAUUGGAGGUGGACAUGGUGAAGCUAAUCUUUUGCAAAAUGCAUAAGAUGAUUGUCUGGUUGAGCAGGAAUCUAUGGUUACAUUCUGGUGGCUGAGAUGCAGAAACGAGUUGUUGGGUGUAGUUUCUCCCAUUCUAAAGGUUGACUGCAGAGAUUGAGCCUCUAUGUAGCAUGCAUUAGUCAGCUGCUAAGUGAACUUGUAGAAACUAACCGCUUGAUUUGCUAACUUCCAUAAUCUAUGUAGUCGUUCGUCGGCUGGCAUGAAGGCCCAUUGAUUUGCUUCCACUAGUUAGUACUUGUCCCUCUCAGUUUGCUUAAUUUGUCUCAUGUUUUUUCAAGCAAGUAUGUUCCAGUUUUCUGCGUCUUUUUGUUGAUUUUGUCAUCUGAUUCUGUCUAGUGAAUGUGAACUGCAGCUGGCUGUGUGGUAUUUGUUGAUUUUGGUGCUA